UGUGAUAAUGGGUCAUCAUAUUCUCCUCCACCAUUUGUGUCACCCCCACCAGAAAAGAAAAGGAACAAAAUUUGUCCAAAAGUCAUUGCUGGAGGGGCAUCUGCAGGUGCUGCUCUCUUGUGUGUUGUUGCUGUGAUUGGAUUUGCACAAUGGCAUCAGCAUAAGUCACAUGAUCGCUUUUUUGAUGUUCCUAGUGAGGAGAAUCCAAAAAUUCACUUGGGGCAGCUUAAGAGAUUUUCAUUAAGGGAAUUACAGGUUGCUUCUGAUGAUUUUAGCAGUAAGAACAUACUAGGAAGUGGUGGAUUUGGAAAGGUGUACAAAGGACGCCUUUCCAACGGUUGCCUAGUGGCUAUAAAACGUUUGAAGGAAGGACGCACUCCAGGUGGAGAGUUGCAAUUUCAGACAGAAAUGGAGAUGAUUAGCAGGGCAGUGCAUAGGAAUCUCCUUCGGCUACUUGGUUUCUGCAUGACUCUUACUGAACGCCUGCUUGUUUAUCCCUUCAUGGAAAAUGGAAGUGUUGCAUCAUGCAUUCAAGGGAACAAGGAAAACGAGGCAACACUUGACUGGACUACGCGUUGGCACAUUGCAUUGGGUUCUGCAAGAGGUCUUUCUUACUUACACGAGCAGUGUGAUCCUAAGAUUAUUCACCGAGAUGUUAAAGCUGCUAAUAUCUUACUAGAUAAAGACUUUGAGGCAGUGGUGGGAGAUUUUGGGCUAGCAAAAUUUAUGGAUUACAAGGAUACUCAUGUUACAACAGUUCUUCGUGGCACGAUUGGCCACAUAGCACCUGAGUACAUUUCUACUGGAAAAUCUUCAGAGAAGACAGAUGUAUAUGGAUAUGGAAUUAUGUUGCUGGAACUUAUCACUGGACAAAGAGCCUUUGAUCUUGCACGUCUAGCAGAUAAUGAUGAUGUUAUGUUGUUGGACUGGGUUAAAGCCAAGCUCGCAAAUGAAAGAAUUGAUUUGUUGGUCAGUCCUGAUCUCAAGAACAACUAUAUUGAAGAAGAUGGUACGACCAUAUCAAAUAGAAAGCUGAGUCCUAAAAUAAAGCAAUGUCUUUGUUGUAAGAUUCGUAAAACACCUGAAUGUUGUAUUAAGAGUUGUACUCAGCAGAUUCGCUAUUGA